AGCUUAUCUAUGCCAUUCGUUAAAAGUUGGGCUCAUUUAUGCCACUGCCGUUCAACAAAGUGCAUAGUCAUCUCAUUAUUUUUUAAUGGUCCGGUUUGAUGGUUUUAAACCAUUUUUCCAUGUGGGCUCUUAUUAGAGGUUCACGCCACCAAAAUUAAUGGAGGCACUGUUGGUACUGCCGCGGCUCCAGAAAAAUGGAUUCGCUGGAGAUCCACUCAUUGGCACCACUACAUGGACAGAGUUUGAGGCUAAAUCAUGGAAUGCAGAUGUAAUCUCCUGUAGAAUUGAAGACGAUGAGGAGUUUUACCCUCCAAGAGAAUCUUUAGAUGGCAGAGAAAGUUUGAUUGGAACUGGAUCGGCGUCACGUAUGGCUUUUACCUCCAUUGAGGUGAAGAGUUUUGGUGGGUCGAGCUCAUCUUCUUCAUACUCAUCUUCCAGUUCCGCUUCGGGCUCACCAGUUAGGUCUUUAUCACUGAGCAUUUCUCUGCUGAUUUUGUGCCGAUAUUGGUCAUCAACGGGGAAUCUGAUUCACCAUCUCCUCCUAGUUCAUCAUCUCCAAAGAGAUACCCAAGCAGAAGUAUUGAUACUGGUGGGAAUAAUUAAUAUUGGCUGGUUAAAUUUUGGUGACGUGGACCUCUGAUAAGAGGCCACACGGAAAAAAUGGUUUUGCAAAAUCAUCAAACCAGAGCGUUAAAAAAU